UCCAGUAACUGUUUAGGCAACAAAGGUCUGAGGAAACUGUUGGAGGUCCUGCCUCGGCUUAGUAUCAUCCAGGAGAUCAAUGCCAGGAACAACGAGAUCAGCAUGGAAGGAGUGGUGAUGCUGGCUGGUGCUUUGUGUUCCCAUAACAACUUAACACAAAUUCACAUCAGUGAUGGAGGCAGAGAGCAGCUGACCCUGAAGUUCUGCCCUGACAAAAGCGAUGACAAACAACAGCUAAAGAUGUUCAGGAUAAACAACAGCAGUCUCCUGCCAAAUAAUAUGACCACACUAUGUAGAAGACUGGUCCAAUGUCGCUCCCAUUUGGAGUUAGAUUUGUCUCACAGCUCUCUGACAGACACAGCUGUUGAGAAUCUGCUGAAGGUCCUGCUGAAGAUGACGUCACUGCGGAGACUCAAUUUAUCAAGUAACCGCCUGGCAGAUGAAGGAGUGAAGCGUUUCUUGGAUUCUCUACCGAACCUUAAAAUCACCAACUACUUCAUGUAGCGGGUCCUUGUCUACGGCGUCCGAACUGCCAUGUUUCUACAGUAGCUCGGAACAAACAAACCAAACACUGGCUCUAGAGAGGGCCUUUGGCAGUUUCUAAUGU